AUGUCUCAACUCCGUGCCACCAAAUGCAAAACCAUCACAAGCGCUACCACGGCUUGUGUCUUCACAACAGGUGAAUUAAUGACAACGUACAGAGCCCAACCCAUCGACGGACCAACCGUCAAACCGAAUUUCAUCGAAAACUACGAAAAGUGUCGUCUGAUGGAAGGAUUCAAGCACUUUUUGAUCGACGAGGCCGAUCUUACCAGAAUGAAAAUAAUCUGGGCAGAGUGUAAGACUGCUGGCGAGAAAGAUUUGAAGACUUUCGAGUACUUGGGUUCUGUCACCAAGUUUUUGAGAGACUUCAAAAAGAAGAUUUAUGUUCGUAUGUUCCCGUCGAAAAAUGUUUCCAUCAAAGGAUCUUCCACGGCAAUGCGAGUCUUCACUGAUGAGUUUCUGGAGAUAAUCCCGGUAGUAUUGAAACAACAGGGAUCACCAAUAGCAGCAAAUGAUGCUCGUCUCAACAGGUACCGCAAUGAAUGGAACUCAGGAUUCCCCAAUCGGUACACCACCAUCGACACGGACCGAUUCGAACGGGUUCUCGAGGAAUUUGGAAUCUAUAAGCAGUUGAUCACUCUCUUCCAGGAUAUGCCUCAUGACAUAAGCGUAAAAAUCGGAGACAUGGUCAGAUUCUUUUCUCCAGACAUGAAGAUCGUCACGGAUUCAUGUCACGCUGCGGAUCAUAUCUGGACGACUCUUGUGAUGGGAGUUAACUGGAAGAAGUUGUCGUGUCCAGACAAGGAUUCGCGCAUUGAAAAGGUUAAGAAGUUGGUGAUUGAAAUGUUGGAUAUCCCGAGGAGCAUGGCACCGGGAGCAGUCAUUACUUGGGAACUCAUCAGCAAAAUGAUCGAUGACGUGAAGGAGGAUUGUAGAUGGAACUAUAGCGGGGAAAACAAAUGCCCAGACUAUAAGCUGGUGGGAGUACCACAUGACGCUCAAGCUGAUAUCAAGAUAUACAUUUAUGUCACCUCAUUCUUCGACCUUCCAACUUACGUGAACUUUUUGCCAAACAGAAACCCGGGUGCAAUUCCAAUAUGGAUGUUCCGCUUCUUCUGUAAGUUGGGAUGGAUCCAGCAGUUCUUCUCAACCGAAGAACAUUCGAAGAAUCGGGAUAUGAUUGUGGAGGCGGCACUGUUUGCGGUGCCAAAUGAGCACAUGGUGGCUGCGAGAGGGUUUGUGAAUACGAUUCUCAACUUAACUCAAGUAGCACGCCAGUCCCAAUCCCCUAAACCGAGAAGCACCGAAAACAGAGAAAGCUCUAGUGGAGGUAGAGUGAUCGAUGGAUUCGAGAAGAUGCUGGCAAACGCCCUGAAGAGGAGAAAGGAAGCGGAGAAACAGAAAAAUGGUGGAUCGAAAUAA